CUUCUCAUAAUUUCUUCUAGAAUAUCAUCAUCUUCUUCUCUCUCUGUCAUUGGAUUUUCUUGCCAAACUUAACCUUAUUUAUACACCAUCUCUGUUUUUCUCUUUCUUUCAUUCCCCAACCAUGGAACUAAUUCCGGGUCUUCCAGAUGAUAUCGCCCGUGAGUGUUUGAUUAGAGCUAACCACCAAGAGUUUCCCACGAUAGCUUCCACAUGCCGAGCUUGGAUGGCCGAGAUUCAGCACCCCGAUUUUUUCCAGCGAAGGAAGGCCGUUGGAUUAAGCCGGAAUCUGAUUGUCAUGGCGCAAGCUAUGGUUCAACCCGGACGUGAGUCCCGUUCCGCCACCACCAAGUAUUUAGCAACCCCGACUUACCGUCUUACUGUUUUUGAGCCGGAGACGGGUCGUUGGUCGGAAUUGAAUCCCAGUUUCGGAUUGACCGAAGGGCUUCCCCUGUUUUGCCAGAUCGUUCGGGUCGGAUCCGAUGUUAUUGUUAUGGGCGGGUGGGACCCGAGGACCUGGACGGCCUCCACUGCCGUGUAUAUUUACGAUUUUGUCCAGGCUCAGUGGCGCCGUGGGACCGACAUGCCAGGUGUACCGAGGUCGUUCUUCGGUUGCGUGGCGUCUGAGUUUAUGGUCUUCGUCGCAGGUGGACACGAUGAUCAGAAAAAUGCCUUGAAGUCAGCCAUGGCGUAUGACGUGGCGAAAGAUGUGUGGUUGCCCAUGCCCGACAUGGCAAGAGAACGUGACGAGUGCAAAGGUGUGUUCCACUGUGGCAAGGUCCACGUCAUCGGUGGAUACCGCACCGAGAUGCAAGGCCAAUUCGAGAGCAGCGCGGAAGCUUUUGAUGUUUCCACGUGGAAGUGGGACCCAGUCCACGAGGACUUCUUGGAAGCCAGCUCAUGCCCGAGGACUUGUGUCUCCGGUGGCAAUGGACUCAUGUACAUGUGUCGAACAGGUGAGGUGGCGGCAUUGGAAAACGACACGUGGAAAGUAAUAGGCAAUUUGCCUAAUGAGAUGCGAGAAAUCGCUUAUGUUGUUACCUGGCAAGAUAAGCUACUGGUGAUUGGCUCGCCCAUGUUCGGUGAGCCCCACACUGCUUACAUGUUAGACACGAAGCAGUAUACGUGGACAAAAACAUUAGUACCGGAGGAGUAUUCGAGUCAUGUUCAAUCAGGGUGUUGCUUAGAGCUCUAAAAGAAUAUAUAUAUAUAUAUAUAAAAAAAAAACAGUCCGAGGAUGUAACAUGUUUUUAGUUGUUGACACUUGAUGUUUUGAGAUUUAUGUAUAUAAAGAAUUUUGUUUACUUUA